UCCACUCCCCGGGGCCAUUUUUAGGGUUUGCAUCGCGCGAGGGUUUUUGGCUGGGCGAGAUGUCGGUUCAGGAGUACCUGGAGAAGCACAAGCUCUCCCAGAGGAUCGAGGAUGCUGUGAAUGCUGCCGUGCGUGCCAAGUCGCCAGAUCCAGUGCUCCACAUUUCGCGUCAUCUACUGAAAGCUACUGCUGCCGCGAUCACCAAGGUCAGAGCCAGGCAAAUCUAUGACAGCAGAGGCAAUCCUACGGUGGAGGUGGAUCUUUACACCAACAAGGGCAUGUUUCGUGCUGCUGUUCCUAGUGGAGCUUCGACUGGAAUCUAUGAGGCAGUGGAGCUCCGCGAUGGUGACAAGGAGAAGUACAUGGGAAAGGGUGUGCUCAAAGCAGUCCAAAACGUUAACGAAAGGAUAUCGGCUGUGUUGGUUGGAAUGGAUCCAACGAAGCAGGAAGAGCUCGAUGCAGCUAUGAUGAAACUAGACGGCACAGAUAACAAGGGGGAGCUUGGUGCCAAUGCAAUCUUAGCUGUUUCGUUGGCGGCCUGCAAAGCUGGUGCGGCCGAAAAGGAGAUUCCAUUAUAUCAACACAUCGCCGAUCUGGGAGGCAAUCAAAAGCUGGUGCUGCCUGUUCCAGCCUUUAACAUUAUUAACGGUGGAAGUCAUGCCGGAAACAAGCUUGCAAUGCAGGAAUUUAUGAUUUUGCCUGUUGGAGCCGAGACGUUUGCGGAAGCCAUGCGUAUGGGAUCUGAAGUUUACCAUCAUUUGAAGAACGUUAUCAAAGCCAAAUAUGGGAUAGAUGCGUGCAAUGUUGGUGACGAAGGAGGGUUUGCUCCAAAUAUUACCAGUUCCAAGGAAGGACUGGAUUUGAUUAAAGAGGCCAUUGAAAAGGCUGGAUUCACGGGAAAGAUAAAGAUUGGAAUGGACGUAGCUGCUAGCGAGUUUCAUACUUCCGAUCAUCAGUACGAUCUCGAUUUCAAGACACCUAACAAUUCUGGAGCGGAGAAGAGAACUGGAGCUCAAAUGAUUGACAUGUACAAAGAGUUCUGUACAGAGUACCCUGUGAUCUCGAUUGAGGAUCCCUUUGAUCAAGAUGACUGGGAGAACACAAAGACACUAACGGGCCUGAAUAUCUGCCAGGUUGUUGGCGACGAUCUGCUCGUGACGAAUCCCAAGCGUGUUGCCAAAGCGAUCGAGGACAAAACGUGCAAUGCGUUACUUCUUAAAGUGAACCAAAUCGGAACAGUCACGGAGUCGAUUCAGGCCGUGAACAUGGCAAAGGCAGCCUCAUGGGGAGUGAUGGCUUCUCACAGAAGUGGCGAGACUGAAGACUCUUUCAUUGCGGAUUUAGCGGUUGGCUUGAGCACUGGACAAAUCAAAACGGGAGCUCCUUGCAGAAGCGAGCGUCUCGCGAAGUAUAACCAGCUUAUGCGGAUUGAGGAAGAACUGGGUCCCAAAGCUGUAUACGCCGGCGCCAACUGGAGGCCAAACGCUCCCCCUCUUUAGAACAGGUUAGAUGAGUAGGACUACAUAUAUUUCCAUCGGCUUGGCUCCAGGUAUAUCCCGCGCAAAUAAAAAAGCUUUGAGGCUUGGUAUGACUAACGUCAUACUCGCUCUACUUCCAAA